AUGUUUAUCGCGGGACUCUUUGUGAUAAAUGUAAACGCCUUUAGCGAUAACCCACCAUGGCAAUGGUAUCCGAUUAUUGCGGGCGCUUUCUCAGCUCUUGUCAUCAUUACUUCGAUAUUAUUCAUAUUCCUUCCAUUUGUGAAACUGAUGAAGAAGAUUGACAAAAGCCUAGCUUCAACAUUCUUGAACGAUAUCUCAGAACCUCCAGCCACCGGUAAUACGCAAGCUGAUGCGCAGGUCCCUAUGGAACGGAAGCCAUCUGACGAGGCGGAUAAGGGAACAUCGGUCUAUGUGAGACUCCGGGAAAUAAGGCAGAAUCACGAAAACGAUCCGGAGAGUAUUGUACAUUCUACUAGAGGGAAAGGAGCUUAG